CAGCACGAAAAGGUCUCAUCCCUCUCUCUCUCAGGCAGAAGCAUCAAAAUCUCGCUCGGUUUCCGAGAAGAACGAAGUAGGUGAAGUCGCCGCCGGAAAGUUUCCGAAGAAGCUCCGGCGAAUUUCUCCGGCAAUGCGUGGGUCACGCUCCUCCACGCUCCUGCUCUGUGGUGUUGUUUUGAUCCAGCUCCUAGCUGCUCAAGUCGAUGCUCAAAGAUCUAGGAGUCCAUGGCAAACACUCGCUGGUGAUGCACCUCUUGUCAUUGCUCGUGGCGGGUUUUCCGGAGUCUUGCCAGAUUCGAGUGUCGAUGCUUACGGAUUGGCCGUGCAGGUCAGUGUAACUGAUGUUGUUCUAUGGUGUGAUGUGCAACUAACCAAGGACGGAAUCGGGAUUUGCUUCCCUGAUGUAAAUCUGGGGAACGCUUCGAAUAUCGGCGAUGUAUACCCGAAACAGCAGAAUUCCUACCUUGUUAAUGGUGUCCCUACUCAAGGCUGGUUUUCCAUUGAUUUCACCUUGAAGGAUCUUGCAAAAGUUGCCUUGAUCCGGGGAAUAUUAUCACGGCCAGAGGCAUUCGACUACAAAUACUCAAUUCAGACCGUCGAAAACAUAGCUACUACGGUGAAACCUCCGCUUUUUUGGUUAAAUAUUCAGCAUGACGCAUUUUAUGGCCAACACAAUCUGAGCAUGAGAAGCUUUGUGCUUUCGGUUUCCCGAAAUGUCAUUAUCGACUACAUCUCUUCUCCCGAAGUGAGUUUCUUGCGGAGCAUUGCCGGUAGUUUCCGACGUAAUGGCCCGAAGUUUGUGUUCCGGUUUCUCGGGCAAGAUGAAGUCGAGCCUUCAACCAACCAGACCUAUGGCUCUCUCCUUCGGAACCUGACAUUUAUCAAGACUUUCGCCUCGGGAAUUCUUGUUCCCAAGAAUUACAUAUUGCCCGUUAACAACUUGUACUUGCUCCAGCCUACGUCUUUAGUUCAAGAUGCUCACAAAGCGGGAUUGGAAAUAUAUGCGUCGGGUUUUGCUAAUGACUUCGAUAUGGCAUACAACUAUAGCUUUGAUCCAGUUGCCGAGUAUCUCUCUUUCGUGGACAAUGGAAAUUUCUCGGUUGAUGGUGUGCUGUCCGAUUUUCCCAUAACAGCAUCCGAGGCCAUCGGAUGCUUCUCUCACCUCGGCAAAAAUGCUACAAAACAAGUGGAUUUUCUGGUUAUCUCCAAGAACGGUGCGAGUGGAGACUACCCCGGUUCUACAGACUUGGCCUAUGACAAGGCGAUCAAAGAUGGUGCUGAUAUCAUCGAUUGUUCUGUUCAAAUGUCAAUGGACAGUGUUCCGUUUUGUCUAAGUUCAAUCGAUCUCGGCAACAGCUCAAUGAUUGCUCGAUCUCCUUUCAGCAACCGCUCGUCAACUGUCCCCGAGAUUAGCCCUGUUCCUGCAAUUUACACCUUUAGUCUGACAUGGCCCGAGAUCCAGACCUUGACGCCUGCCAUUGCAAACCCUUUCACUAUAUACAACAUGUUUAGGAACCCGAGUGAGAAAAACGCAGGAAAGCUGAUUUCUUUGUCUGAUUUCCUCAGCCUGGCAAAGAACUCGAGUUCUCUCACCGGUGUUUUGCUCAGUGUAGAGAAUGCAGCAUACUUGAGAGAGAAACAGGGACUCGAUGUGGUUAAAGCAGUUCUCGACACGCUUGGAGAGGCAGGAUUCAACAACAGGACAACGAAAAAGGUUAUGAUCCAGUCUACCAACAGUUCCGUCCUAAUCGAUUUCAAGCAGAAGAGCCAGUACGAGACUGUAUACAAGAUCGAAGAAACCAUCCGGGAUAUUCUUGACUUGGCCAUCGGAGAUAUAAAGAAGUUUGCCAACUCAGUUGUUGUUGGGAAAAAAUCAGUCUUUCCCCUCAGCGAAGCAUUCACGACAGGCCAAACCGAUGUUGUGACGAAGCUACAGAAAUCACUGCUCCCGGUUUACGUGGAACUGUUCCAGAACGAGUUUGUGUCUCAACCGUACGACUUUUUCUCUGACGCGACCGUAGAGAUCAACUCCUAUGUUCGUGGAGCUGGUGUCAAUGGAACCAUCACUGAGUUCCCUCUUACAGCUGCAAGAUACAAAAAAAACCGAUGCUUGGGCCUUAAAGAGCCUCCACCUUACUCGAGUCCAGUACAAGCCGGCGCUCUUGUAUCUCUCGCCACGGCUUUGCCACCAGCUGAGGCUCCGAACCCGGUUUUCACUGAUGCUGACGUCACUGAGCCGCCGCUGCCUCCGGUCACAGCCAGAGCCCCAACCUCCAGCCCGGCCACCCCAACCACCGGCGCACAAGCUCCAAGCGGACAGACCCGAGUGGUUCAGUCUCUCCUCCUGUCUGUUCUUGCAAUGCUUCUCGCCUCUCUUCUACUCCUCUGAUCGCCGCGUGAUUCAACAGAGUCUACAGCUCCAACCCCGGAAAAGUUUUUCCCUUUUUUCUUCACACGACAGGCAUCAGAUUCUUGGGCAGUGAAUGAUGAUGAGUCUUGUGGGUUCUGUCUGUUUUGUCCCCUUUGUAGGAGAGAAGUAAAUUUGUAUCAUGGAUUCGUUCCAGACAUUCAUUUGUUGUAACAUAUGAUGUAUGCUGUUCAAAACUCUUGUGUGUUGUAAUGUUUAUGAGCACGUGAAGAUCACAUUAUCAUUCCAUUUUUUA